AUGUCCCUGCCUUUUAUUUUGAGCUCCUUCGGCUUGUUUUUGGAAGUAGCCGUAGUGAACCCCACCGUGUACUUGGACAUCGCCGCCGACGGCGAGCCCCGGGGCCGCAUCUCCUUCGAGCUGUUUGCAGACAAAGUUCCAAAGACGGCAGAAAACUUCCGUGCUCUGAGCACUGGGGAGAAGGGAUUUGGGUACAAAGGUUCCUGCUUUCACAGAAUUAUUCCGGGAUUUAUGUGCCAGGGUAGUGACUUAACACACCACAAUGGCACAGGCAGCAAGUCCGUCCAUGGGGAGAAAUUUGAGGAGGAGAACUUCGUCCUGAAACAUACAGGUCCUGGCAUCUUGUCCAUGGCAAAUGCUGGACCGAACACAAACGGCUCCCAGUUUUUCAUCUGCACUGCCAAGCCUGAGUGGUUGGAGGGCAAGCAUGUGGUCUUUGGCCAGGUGAAGGAAGGCAUGGAUAUUGUGGCAGCCAUGGAGCGCUCUGCAGGGUCCAGGAAUGGCAAGACCAGCAAGAAGCUCACCAUUGCUGACUGUGGGCAACUCUAAUAAAUUUGACUUGUGUUUUAUCUUAA